CGCUCUGGUUGCCUAGGUGUAGGGGACGCUCGGCCUCGCGAUGGCGGAAGAUUGGAACCUGGAUACAGGGGAGGCGGUGUACCGAUCCAGGGACCCUAUAAAGAAUUUGAGGAUACGGGUAACCCUGCAGCGGGUGACGCCGGUAAGUGCCCUGGUGCAAAAAGUGCAAGAAGAAGAAGAAGGUAUCGGCGGAGACCUGCCCCUCCGGAGCCUGAGUACUAAUCCUGCGGCUAGUGGACAUCGACCUGGCGAUGAUGAAGAAGUUGCUGUUGUUUCCUGGCAGGAGAAGCUCUUUAGCCAGUUUGAAUAUGAACUGUAUAAAAGUAAGGCUGCCUGUCAGAGUCCUCUGGAUAUGCAAUAUCAUCAAGAUGUGCUAUCUCUAGGCAGCAGCAAGCGGAAGAACAGACGUAUAUUCACCUACACGGACCACGACCGAUACACCAACCUAGAGGAGCAUAUUCAGUCAGUGACUACUUCUCAUCAAGAGGCUCCAACGUUUCUUGUGGAACGAAUGGCAAAUGUCCGACGGAGGCGGCAGGAUAAGAAACAAUUGGAUGGAGUGGGACUGAGGAAUCGUCUUGUCACAUGGAAGCCAUCAGAGGAGUUUAUUAGGAAUAAUCAUAUUAUUAACACUCCUGUGCAGACCAUGUACAUCAUGGCAGAUCUAUCUCCAAGUGGAACGCUUGGGUGCAAGGAGAAUGAACAUGUUCUGUGUACUAUACGUGUAGAUGGUAAUGGUGUCAUCACACUGAAACCUGACAUCACUGGCCUAAAAGGACCCUACAGGCUGGAGGUUGAGGGCCACAAGCGAGAACUAUGGAGAUACACAUUGCAGCACGUGUCUGAGUCUGUCCAGAAGGAUGAACAAGAGCGAGAACAGAACCUAUACAAGGAUUUGUACAGCCGACACAAGGAUUACCUGAACAGCCUGGUGGGCUCUGACUUUGAGAUGCCUCCAGCUGGUACUCUACGUCUCUACGUUAAUGGGGAGAUUGUAUCUGCGCAGGAGUAUGACUAUGAUAAUCUCUAUGUCCACUUCUUUAUGGAGCUACCUAAAUAUUGGUCCAGUCCAGGUUUCCAGGAGCUUUCAGGAGUGACCCAAAGCUGCAAAACCAAAGCAUGUGGAAGGGAGAACGUUGCAUACUUUUCCUAUCCCUUCAGCUUUGAAGUCUUCUUGUCUGAAGAGGUAGCAUCAGAGGAUAUCCCACAGUUGCCGGUUCUGUACUUUGAGGUCCUGUCUCUGGAUUUUUGGCAGAGGUACAGAGUGGAAGGGUACGGGUCAGUUGUCUUGCCGGAUACACCAGGAAUGCACACUUGCACCGCUCGGACGUGGCGGCCCGUGGAGAUUGGAACAGUGUCUGAGCUUCGGAGAUUUUUCAUAGGAGGAUCGCCAGAACUCGAGGACAUGACCUACAUCAGGAUCCCAGGAACAUUCCAGGGGGAUCGCCUCAGUCGCAUCGGCUUCAGGACAGAGACAACGGGGACAGUGACGUUUAGAUUUCAUUGUAUACAUCAGUCACGAUCCUUCCUUGACAGCAGCUCCCUGAGGAAAAGAAUGCAAAGUGUCUUGGAUCGUUUGGGAAGCUCCAGCCAGCAAAGUACCAUUCUCAAUGUCCUCGAUGCCUUCCAGAGAGCACAGACGCGCAUGCGCCUGGCUAGGGCUGGACUUCCUCAGGAUAUUCUGAACACCUCCAGGGCAUCACAGCAUCAGUCCCAAGCUUGAAGACACUCGGACAAUUACUAUGAUGCACGGGAGAGAAAGACACAGCCGCU